AUGGCGGAGCUGCUGCUACGCUGGCUCAACCACGAGCUGGAGCUGUCUUCUCGUGUGACGGACGUGGAGUCGGACUUUUCCAGCGGCUACUUGCUUGGAGAGAUCCUGCACCGUCUCAACCACCAGCACAACUUCGCCGACUUCAUGCGAAGCUCCAGCGCCGACGCCAAAGUCGUUAACUUCUGCUUGCUGGAGCCGGCGCUGCACAAACUUAACGUUAAGUUUGACGCCAAUGUGGCCGUCGCUAUCAUGAACGAGAAGAAAGAUGCCGCCGCCAACCUGCUCUACCAAAUCAAGAUGGCCGCAGCCCGAGUCGGGAGAGCUCCAAAUGUUUCGACCAAAUCGCUGGAGCGGACUGGUAUCAUUCCUUUGCACAACAGACCCGUGAAACUUGCGAAGCCAAUCUACGACUCAGAAAAGCACAAGCUGUUUGAGCACUCGAUUCGUCGCCAUGUGCGGUCGAGCACUUCGUUGCAGCAAGAAAAGUGGACGAAGAAACGAGAGGCUUAUCUGGCGAGCAUGGCGGAGCAGAGAGAGAUCCUGGACAAUACAAAAGCAGAGAGACUGCACCGCGCAUACAUCCAUAGCAGCUAUAUUAAAGAAGCUUUCGAAGAGACUGAUUCGCCGGCAUGGAGACUGGCACUGCAGAAAAAGAAUGCAUGCGAGCAGCGACGGGUUGCAUUCUUACAGCAGCUGAUGAAGAAGCGCGAAGAAGCGGAUGAGAAUCUUACCUUCAGUCUUCGUCGUAAAGUUUGCAAUGAGCUAGAUGAUUUCGAUGUACAUCGAUCAAAGGCUGGAAUGGCGGGCAGCAAGGUUUCUUCACGGAAAUCGGUUGGAUAUGGUCUACGCUCACUUACAACAGCACUGAAUGUAUCGUCCGACAAGCAGAAGUAUUCAAAUGCUCACUUGGCGGGAUCAGCGAUGAACGAAGCGGAGCUUUAUCAAGCAAACAUGUUGGAAAUGGAAGACGCAUCGGGCGUCAUCAAGCAACAAAGGGCUCUACGUGGAAGACGCAAGGACAAAUUGUCUCGCAGAAGGAAGCGGUUUGUUCAAGAUUGCGUGAAUACGCACUCUCUAAUAGGAACCGCUCGUGUGGCGAGUAUUUUGGAAAAUCUGGUGCUGCGUGACACCAACAGCGAGAACGAUAUACAGCAUGAAAUGGACCGCAUUCUCGUGUACAAAGAAAUAGCUCGGGAGAACAGGUCAAUGCGAAACCAAGAGUAUUCGAAUCAGCAGGAGGUGGACUCCAUGACAGCGAUGGAUCGAGAUACUAGCUGCUACCACAAUCUGCUUCUUCAAUUCGAGGAUAACAGCGAGAUGCAAAUUUUACAACGAAAUGACGUCCAGCAGUCCAUUGAAGCAGCAGAACGCUUUCUUAGUGAGCAAAUUUCGAGCACUAUCAUGCAGGAAAUGGUGGCUUUUGUGUUGUUCAUAGCUGGGAAAAGGGAAGAAACGUUGCAUUCUAGAGAUCCUGCCGUAUUCCUGACGACGGAGACAUGGAACGAAUACAAAAUUAAGUUUGCGAAUGGAUGUAACUUUGAAGAAAUGACUUCGUGGUCUGCGUCUGUAAAGCCAAGUCAAGCAGAGUUACUGGAUAUCCAGGAGCUGGAGCAAUAUCUGUCGAGUUUCCUGCCAUUCCACACCAAACUGGAUCAGGAGGCGCCACUGUCGAUAAUCAAUGAUGGUUUUCUAUUUCCAGGAGCGACGGAAGCUAUACAGGAUUGCUUCGUUCUUGGAGAAGAAAUUAAGACGUUGCGGUGGAUUUCUCGCUCGUUGCCUUUAGUGGAGAGCCAUGAGCUUGACGAAACCAAUGUUGCGCCGUGCUUACCUGGCUCCAACGGACCUGUAACGAGAUCUCAUCAACAACUUCGAAUCCUUAUCUUUGGCCCUGCUUUUUCCGGGAAGGAGACGCAAGCGAGGCUUCUUGGCGAAUCACAUAACUUGACUGUGUUGUCUGUCCAUGAUCUCAUUCAAUGCUCUGUUAAAAACUCAAGUGGAACUGGAGUCGAAGUAAACGAUCUUCUUGUCAACGGCGAGCAAAUUCCUCUGGAGCUGUACAGCCGCCUUAUACUCGAAGCGAUCAGGGGGAUAGAGCAAUCUUUUUCACUACAUGUAGAUGGCAAGAGUAAAGCCGGCUGGGUGAUCUACGAUCUGCCUGCAACAGCACAACAUGGCCAGAGUUUAGAGGAGCACCUCACAGGAUAUAAAGACCCAGCUGAUACUUCUUCUCCGUAUGAUUUCGAAUCCUCCAUCGCUCCAGGUCGCAGCAAGCCACCGUUGACUCCGACAUUUCUACACGGUAAGUCGGGAGUAGAUCUGGUCUUCCAUUUCGACUGUCCUGCUGGAACAGUCUUGGAUCGGUGUUUGGGUAGAGUGGAGGAUGUCACGACAGGAGACACACGUCAUUUGGUGUUCGACCCACCAUCGGAUGAUUCAACUGAACGGCAUCGACUGCAGCACGUCAAUUCUAGCGCGUAUUCCAGUGAGCUGUUAUCUCUUCACUGUUGGGCGAGCGAUGAAUUUAUGCACGACCACAAGGCUUGGUACACGAAGUUUAAUACUCUUGAUGAGCCUUCAAAGACUGGGAUGACUGCAGACGAAGUACAUGGAGCUGUCACGAGUGUUGUGGACCGUUUACUGAAGGAAAGAAAAUAUGAAGCGGAGUCUAAGCAACUCCAGCAAGAGGCAGGCGAGCAAGCUCUUAUGUCAACUGAGGAGGAACGGCAACGACGUAUGGAUGCGUUUGAAUCGGAACUUGACGAAGCCAAGAUAACUGUGAUCAAAGUGGAGGCGUCCAUAGCAGAGGUGGAGGAAGCGAAGGCAAAGAAAGAAGAGACGGCGGAGCUUCGGCAGAAGUUGGAGGGAGCCCACCGUCAACUCGAUGGUAUUAAGACUGCUGUAAAGAGCUGGAUGGAAGACGAGAUAUCGAGUCGUCCUGUGCCAAGCAACAAGUAUUCGGGAGAGCUGGUACCAGCAACUGCCCAAGCGCUCGCAGCAUUGUGGGAUGAAAUGGAAACAGAGUACAUUUCUACCAUGAAGGAAACUUUCGCACAGCUACGUGAACAGCGACACCGUGUCACCGAUCGCGCGCAACAAAUGACGAGCGAGUAUUGUGAGUUCGUCCGUCGUUCCGACCGGAAGCAAGAAGUUGUUAAUCAAUUCCAACGGCAAUUCAACGAGGUGGUUGACGAGAUGCGUUUCGAAGAUCCGACAAAGGUGGAGCUUCACUCCCGUGCAGAUAUCCUUCAAGAUGAACUAGGAUCUCUACUCGAGACUAAAGCCUCAGAAAACGACGAAGAGCUCAAUAGCAUGGUUGGUGACGGGUGGACUGAAGACACAUGUCAACAGGUCGCUGCGAUUUAUCAAAUGGCGCUCCAGGCCGAGUGGGAUCGCUUUCGGACGUCUGUUCAAGUUCUCGUUAACGGCCAUUACGCUGCAAGUAGCGAUUGCUCGGCGUUGAGUGGAAUUAUGGAGGUUUGGCAGUCUCAUCAAGCGCGACUAGAGCAGGCGUGCAGAGUUUAUCGCGACCCAGCGAAUAUAACUCCGGUUGAAACUCCGUUAGUGUCCGUCGCAGCAGCGAAAGCUGCUCCGAAGGGGAAAGCGAAGGCACCUGCUGCUGCCAUCGUGGCCCCAUCCAAUGUGGCUGCAACGAAUGAAGAUGCACUGGCAGAGGCUUUGACUAUGACUGAGCUGUUGGCGGAGUAUGGACACGUUCUUCAGCGCUGUAGCUCGUGGAUGGAAGCUAUCGCUCUAAUUGCCAACCCUGCAGCAGAAAAGGGUGGAGAAGCUGGCGACACGCAGAAGAAAGACGGCGAUUGUUGCAAAGUGAAUUUGCUGACUGGGAUCAAGUACGAACAUGAUCUGAUGGAGCGAAGAGUUCGGUUUCUUCGGGAAUCUACACAGAACUCUAGCGAUGGAAUUACGAGAUCAAUGCGCUCCAUAGAGAUCACUUUACGAGAUUUUUCAGAGGAUCGGAGAGUUCGAGAGCAAGCGGCUGUGGCUGCAGUGAUCGAGUAUAUCCGUGUCGCCGUGGAGAAUGAAGUCGCUCUUUCUUCUUUUAUUGAUGUCAGCGUACGUGUUCUCCCUGAAUUCGUCGAGCGGUUCCCAGCGACUGUGCAGCUGCGUCAAGAUACGCUGGUACGAGUUGAUGAAGGUAAACGAUUGUUGCCUCAAGCUCCUCCAGAUACUUCACCUCUUGUUGAAGAAUCACACGAGCUGCUUCUCAACCCUCGUCAACGCGAUAGUCUUCAAGAGGCUUUAGCCUCUCAGACCACCGACGACUCUGGACUUGUUCCUCUCAUCACCGUAGUGGAGACAAUGACAGCUUUGACAUCUUUACCCGAUGCGCUUCCUGACGUUUGGCGACUGUGCCCUGCACACAUUAUUGCAGAGGUAAUAGCCGCAAUGCUCGCACUUUACCUAGAGCGGUCCUUAACUCAUGGCUCCUGCUCGUUUCCCAUGACAGAUCGCUGCAAAAUUCACAAUGAAACGCGCAGGGUUCGUCGAUAUUGAAGCUCUGCUCACUGCCAUGAGCACCCGCGACGACCUGCUUUGUCAGCUCCAACAAGAAGAACAACUCAAACUACAGGAGCAACAGCCUAUGUUUGAACAACAGCAAGAGACCUCAGAUAAUGAGCCUGUGUCCACAGAAUCAGCGGCAUAA